AUGGCCCUUUUACACACCCCCACAGCACUGGUAUACGCCGUGCUUCUCUUACUAUCAUCAACUCUCGUCGCCAGCAUCCAAUACUGCCAUACCGGCGCCGAUUUCUGUUUUGCUGCGACUCAACAGCACAACACCUCAAGUGAUAGCCAUGAUGUCUAUUUAACUAUUUCUGCAACUCCAUCCCGGAAUGGAGGCUGGAUUGGUGUCGGAUUCGGUCGGGAAAUGAAAGGUUCUUUGAUGUUCAUUAUUUAUGAAGAUCGAGAGAGCAGAUCGCUCAUCACCAGCGUUCGAUCCGCGAGCGGCCAUGUUAUGCCCAAGGUUCUAGAAGAUGUGGAAGACCAAGUGUCGGUCUUGCAAGCUACAGUUUCGGAUAACAAGUAUCUUGCGGAGUUCAUCUGCUAUUCCUGCUGGUCGCCAGAUGUGGAAGUUAAGGGAUUAUCGCCAUACAUUUUUGCUGGAAACAGAGAACAAAGUUUUCAUUCGGCUGAUAAAUACUCGAGCCUGAUGUACCACGAGUUCAAGGGUAAGGUAUGGGGUAACAUGACUGUCGAUACCGAAGAUACUACCGAAAAUUCAGCCCCAUCUAUCCAAGGUGAUGAAAUCAUUGGAAUCGCCAGUGACUCUCCAGAUUCACCAAAGAAACCUAAAGGCUUCUUCACUCCGGUCCGAGUUCACGGCACCAUCAUGACUAUCUCUUUCAUGGGGUUAUAUUUUGCAGGCAGUGUGGCCAUUCGCUCCCCAGUUGUUCGCGCUUUUAAGUAUCACUGGAUGAUCCAAGCCGGCGCGUCAGUCCUGGCCCUCGGAAACGGCCUAUAUAUGUUCUUACGCUCAACCCAUUUCGGCCCGCACAAAAUCAUCGGUCUUACCAUAUUAUGCUCGCUGAUCAUCCAGGCUGCUGCGGGUUACAAGCAUCACAUUGACUUUGUCAAGAUUCGCCGACAAACCAUCUUUACGCUCGUGCAUCGAUGGCUUGGACGUGGAAUUCUUCUAUUUGGUACCAUGAACGUAGGAGUCGGUAUGUACUACCGGAAAUGGUCUACUCUGGGCUUAUUCACUUGGUUCGUGAUUUGGUGCAUCGAAAUUGCUGGUUAUGGCUAUGUAUUGCUGCAGCAUCAGCGUCGCCAGUCGCAGCAACGUGGACAUGCCAUUCCGAAAGAGGAUUUAGAAGAAAUUGCCGAUGCAGAGGUUUUCGAUAUCGGUGGCGACCUUGACGAUGACGAGGAUGGUGUUGAAGACAGUGUACAUCCACACACAUUAUUUUUAACCUAA